GAGAUUCAUGGGAAACAGCAGCAACAGUUGGUCCCACACACCAUUCCCCAAGUUGGAGCUGGGCCUGGGGUCCAGGCCCACAGCGCCCCGGGAGCUUCCCUCCUGCUCCAUCUGCCUGGAGCGGCUGCGGGAGCCCAUCUCGCUGGACUGUGGCCAUGACUUCUGCGCUCGGUGCUUCAGCACACACCGCAUCCUCGGCUGCGAGCUGCCCUGCUGCCCUGAGUGCCGGAAGAUUUGCAAGCAGAAGAAGGGCCUCCGGGGUCUGGGGGAGAAGAUGAAGCUGCUGCCGCAGAGACCACUGCCCCCUGUGCUGCAGGAGACCUGUGCUGUGAGGGCUGAACCACUGCUCCUGGUACGAAUCAAUGCCUCCGGAGGCCUCAUCCUGAGGAUGGGGGCCAUCAACCGCUGCCUCAAGCACCCCCUGGCCAGGGACACCCCUGUCUGCCUCCUUGCUGUUCUGGGGGAACAGCACUCAGGGAAGACCUUCCUCCUCAACCAGUUGCUCCGGGGUCUGCCAGGCAUGGAAUCUGGCGAGGGUGCCUGGGCCAGAGGAGGGGAGAACCUGCAGGGGUUCAGAUGGGGUGCCAACAGCCUCACAAGGGGCAUCUGGAUGUGGAGCCACCCUUUCCUGCUGGGGAAGGAGGGGAGGAAGGUGGCCGUGUUCCUGGUGGACACCGGGGACACCAUGAGCCCCGAGCUGAGCAGGGAAACAAGGACCAAGCUCUGUGCUCUGAGCAUGAUGUUGAGCUCCUACCAGAUCCUUAACACCUCUCAGGAGCUGAAGGACACGGACCUGGAAUACCUGGAGAUGUUUGUCCAUGUGGCUGAGGUGAUGGGCAGGCAUUAUGGGAUGGUGCCAAUCCAGCACCUGGAUCUCUUAGUUCGUGACUCAUCCCCCGCUAGCAAGGCAGGGCAGGGACACGUGGGUGACAUCAUCCAGAAAUCCUCCAGCAAAUACCCCAAGGUUCAGGAGCUGCUCCAAGGGAAGCGAGCCCGCUGCUACCUCCUGCCGGCUCCCGGGAGGCGGUGGGCCAGCAAGAGCCCUGGGGGCCUGGGCGACACAGAUGAUGAUUUUCGCCAUCUUCAUGCCUACAUCGCGGAUGUGCUGAGUGCAGCCCCCCAGUACGCCAAGAGUCGCUGCCAGGGGUACUGGAGUGAGGGGCGCCCCGCAGCCAGGGGGGACAGACGCCUGCUCACAGGGCAACAGUUAGCUCAGGAGAUCAAGAACCUCUCGGGCUGGAUGGGGAGGACCGGGCCCGGUUUCGCCUCUCCGGAGGAGAUGGCGGCCCAGCUGCACGACCUGAGGACUGUGGAAGCUGCCAAGAAGGAAUUUGAGGAGUAUGUGCGGCAGCAGGAUGUGGCCACCAAGCGCAUAUUCUCUGCACUCCGGGUCCUGCCCGACACCAUGAGGAACCUGCUUUCCACCCAGAAGGACGCCAUCCUGGCUCGCCACGGUGUGGCGUUGCUGUGCAAGGGGAGAGAGCAGACCUUGGAGGCCCUGGAGGCUGAGCUGCAGGCCGAGGCCAAGGAUUGUAGGAAGGCUGAGUAGGUGCCAUUCUGGAAGUCUCCCCUUGGUGGACAGAGCCUGUCCUUUCACAGAUGUGGGCAGGCCGGGACAAGUGACUUUGCUAUUCAGGGGGCAGCACUGAUGAGGAACUGGAAGAAAAAGAAAGGGGUACCCCAGGGACAAUCCAAAGAGGCUGGGUGUGGUGGACUGCAGUCUAACCCCCAGCAGAGAAACUUGCUCCUGUGACUUUUUCCAAAGCUGCCCAGCAGAACAGGGGCGGCUGCCCCAUCUACUGCAGCCCCAGGACAUCCACCGUGCACCUCUCAUGGGGGGUCAGUAGGUGGCCCCUCUUGGGUGUGCUCUUUGUCAGGCCUGGUCAGAGAGCUCAUGUUCUCUGGGGAAGGCCAUCCCAGCAAUGGGUUAAAUGCCAAAGAACAACACCUUUCAUCGCAUUCUGAGUUAAAGCAGACAGCGCUCAUAACAGAUUCUGUGAAAGUUUUACAAGGGAUGACAAGGGAACAAAUAUCUCCUUUCUCACCGGAGCCUCUGAGAAGAUCACUCGGUUCCCAUUUAGCAGGAGACCUGGGUACAGGCCCCCAUAGGGGCCUGAGGGCAGAUUGCCCCUUCCAGGGCACAGGAAAGUCCUGCUAGGAAGACUUCUAGGCUAUUAAGCUGUAAAGGAUUAAUGAGCACAUUGUAUGAGAAA